CAGAUAUGUAGCUACGCUCCGGCAAAUUUCUUAUCAGUUUUUUUUUUUACAAUUAGGUUUUGAAAUAAUUACAUUUAUUAAGCAAACCAAAAGAAAAAAUGUGUGAAUUCUCUGUAAAAAUAAUACUUACAGAUAUUGAGGGCACCACCACCUCUAUUAGUUUUGUUAAGGACACUUUAUUUCCCUUUGCCAAAGAACACACUGAAAGAUAUCUACAAGGAACAUGUGAAACUUUAGAAACUCAAAAUAUAAUAAAAGAUUUAAAGAAUUUAUCACAAUAUGAGGAAUUUUUAAAGGAAACAAACACUACACCAGCCAAAGAAGUGGACAUCAAAGUUUUAAGUCAAUUUGUUAAUUAUUUAAUAGAUAAAGACUUAAAAUUAGGACCACUUAAAACGCUGCAAGGAUAUGUAUGGGCGGAGGGCUAUAAAAGUGGUAACAUCAAAGGACAUGUUUAUGCAGAUGUUCCCGGCGCUUUUAAACUUUGGCAUGAAGCUGGUGUGCGGUUAGCCAUCUAUUCCAGCGGCAGCAUUAAGGCUCAACAACUUUUAUUUGGUCAAACAGAAUUGGGUAAUCUUUUACCUUAUAUAACAGCACAUUUUGAUACCACCAGUGGCCAUAAACAGGAAAAACAAUCAUAUAUUAAUAUAGCUCAAUCAUUAAAGGUUGAUCCCCAUGAUAUAUUAUUCUUAACCGAUAUAGUGAAAGAGGCUGAGGCAGCCCGUUUGGCUGGUUAUCAAACUGCUAUUCUAUCUAGGCCCGGUAAUGGUCCUUUAACUGAUGAUGAUAAAUCUCAAUUUACCAUUAUAAAUGAUUUUGAAUCUCUUAAAAUUAAGGCUAAAUAAAAAAGAACACAAUUUUUGUUAAGAAUA